CAUCACGAUGUCGAGCUAUGUGGCGAUAAUCAGUGUAUUAUGCGUGGCAACCCUGAUGGGAGUGAGCGAGACGGCGAUACGAGAGGAAACGGUGCACCGGUAUCGGCGGCAGCUGUUGUAUCCUAACAGCACCUUGUUUCAAGUGAACAUAGGCUUUGGAACCCCAACGCCGAUCAAGACCAUCAACGUGAACUGGGCCAUGCAGGCCAACUUCCAGCUGCCCUGGAAUCGCUCGCAGAUCCCCGUGGACCUUCUGUGGGCCAACUCCGGCUAUGACGGCGAGUCCAGGGGGAAGAGAGAGCUACAAUCCUCCUAUUAUGAGAAUGACGCAAAGCUGUACCACUUCUAUCAAUACGUUGAAGAUGCGUUGAAUAAUUACGGGCACAACGGAACGGCCUGCGUGCUGAAGACCCUGUGCCAGCUGGGAGCGGAGCCGCUGCACACCGACCACGACGACGACCUGCUGCAUGAGAUAACCAGCUAUGUACUCAACCCAUCAAACGACAUAGCAAAGCGUCCGUGCGCCGAGGCAGCCCCUUACGUGCACGCGUUCGAGCACGGGCGGAACCUUCGAGACUGUUCCAGGAUGUUCCAGUGCACUACCAUUUCACUACUGGACAUGUUCACUAAAGUGUUCGAUUCUCCAUAACAAAGACCUAUGGCUAGUUCUACUGAAGCGUCUACAGCGACGUGUCAAAACUAACCCAACAGCCUGGCAAUGACCACAAAAUUAAAAUUAAAAAAAACGCCGACAUA